CCGUGGCGGACUCUGUACUCUGUGGAAACGUCGGUCAGAGCGCAUCAGUACGUGAUCAAGAAAGUGAAAAUCCGUAAAAAACAUUAAGAUAAUUUUGGAAAUAUCUGCUGAUGAAGAACAGCAAGGAAAAGACAUUUGGUAGAGAAGAAUGGCUGCUCCUGAUCUCCUGGAUCCCAAAUCAGCCACACAGAACUCCAAGCCCCGCCUCUCCUUCUCCACCAAGCCAAUCGUCUUAAACUCUGGGGACGACUGUGAUGCCAUUGCCACGGUGAUGAAGUGGAAGACGGUGUUGGCCAUCUUUCUGCUGGUAGUGCUCUACCUGAUAAUCGGGGCCACAGUGUUCAAGGCCCUGGAGCAGCCCCACGAGAGCUCCCAGAAGCACACCAUCCUGGCCGAGAAGCUGGACUUCCUGUCCCGCCACUCCUGCGUCAACGCCUCCGAGCUGGAGGACCUCGUCAAGCAGGUGGUGUCAGCGGUAAAGGCGGGGGUCAACCCUUCCGGAAACUUCAACCAAACCAGCCUGUGGGACCUGAGCAGCUCCUUCUUCUUUGCUGGAACCGUCAUCACCACUAUAGGUUUCGGGAACAUCUCCCCGCACACCGAGGGAGGCCGAACCUUCUGCAUCAUCUACGCCUUGCUGGGGAUCCCCCUCUUCGGGUUCUUGCUGGCCGGAGUCGGGGACCAGCUGGGGACCAUUUUUGGGAAGGGGAUCGCCAAAGUAGAGAAGAUGUUUGUGAAAUGGAAUAUAAGCCAAACCAAAAUCCGAGUGACAUCCACUGUGCUGUUCAUCCUCUUUGGAUGUCUGCUGUUUGUAGCCAUCCCUGCGGUCAUCUUCAAACACAUAGAGGGCUGGAGCGCUCUGGACUCCAUCUACUUUGUUGUAAUCACUUUAACAACAAUCGGAUUUGGUGACUUUGUCGCAGGUGGGUCAGAGAUCGAGUACCAGGACUAUUACAAGCCUGUGGUGUGGUUCUGGAUCCUGGUCGGACUGGCCUACUUCGCCGCAGUGCUCAGCAUGAUAGGAGACUGGCUGAGGGUCAUAUCCAAGAAAACUAAAGAGGAGGUGGGGGAGUUCCGGGCGCACGCAGCCGAGUGGACAGCCAACGUCUCGGCCGAGUUCAAGGAGACGCGGAGGCGGCUGAGUGUGGAGAUUUAUGACAAGUUCCAGCGGGCAGCCUCCAUCAAGCGCAAGCUGUCGUCCGAGCUGGGCCUCAGCUCCAACCCAGAGAUGACCCCCGGCAAGAGGACCCUGUCUGUCAACUUCACCGAUGAGCGAGAGCGAGAGAGGGAGAGGGAUGCCUUCCCCCCUCUCACCAAAAACGGCAGCCUCUACCUGAACGGCCUCAGCCCAGACUGCACCGACUGCGGAGAGAUCGCCAUCAUCGAGCACCUCAAGUGAUAUACACACACACACACACACACACACACACACACACACACACACACACACACACACACCCUGCUCUGCUUCAGAACAGGAGCCAACCACCAUGCCAACAGCAGCGCUAUGGCAAACAGACAGCUGGACAGCCACCCUAAACAUCACUUCACACUACAGGUCCUGAGACUCAACAUGGAGUGGCUGACAUAUAUCCAGUCUUGAAAAAAAAAAGUUUAAUGUUAUGAAUUGUGUAACUUUUUUAUACGGCUUAACUUUUUGAAAAAACUAAAAGGUCACUUUAUGCCUUGUACCAGCCAAUGAAUCUGUAGCUCAAAGGGGGACACCCAGGCUCUGUCUGGGUAAACACAAGUUCAGCUUUCUAAGGAAUUAAA